UACCACUACCCUACAUAACCACAGCACAGCAUCUCUUCAUUCAUCAUGGCAGAACCAACUCUCCACCCUCCGGAUUUCUCCUCGUAUCUGGAUCAAUCCCAAAGUCCUUUAUUCUCCAUUCUUCCGGCGGAAAUCCGCAGCGAAAUCUUUACCUACGCCCUGUCAGGCUUCGAGGACACCGGCCGCUUGUACAGUCGGGAAACCUACUGGACGAGGCCAGGCUAUUCUGCUCCCCAUAGAACCUGCACCGAUCUUCUUCGCACCUGUAAACGCGUGUAUCUUGAAUCAUGGUUUAUGCCUUUCGCCUGCGCGGAACAUGCUUUUUAUUUGACGGCCCGCGAUCGAGCGCCGGGACAGCUGCCCCGUGACCGCUUUGCCCAGUUCCUCAAGAUCAUCCAUGAUAAUCACGGCGAGGUAGAGACGGGACGUAUUCGCAUCUUUGCGCAGCUUUAUGUGCUGGAACCUGGGGGAGAGAUCGGCGAUAUCAUGAACAUGAAGCAUUUUCACCCGAGAAGCAUUACUGUGACUUUGAGGUAUACCGACUUCUGGCACUGGGAGGAAAAUGCGCCACUUUAUGUGGAUUCCAAAUGGGUCAAUGUGAUGCGCCUACCUGAUAGUGUGACGAGCUUUACGGUGGACUUUGAGAGUCUGGAGCGCCGAAAGGCAGAAGUUGAUAUAAUUUCUACUUUGGCAGCCGAAUCGUGGUUCUUUCAGCGGGACGAUGGCGCCGUGCUGACGGCGAAGCGGUCGGAUAUAAAAAUUUCCACCUGGACGGGGAGUUCCAUGUUGGGCUCAGCGCGCUGGAUCAAGUAUGAGGCGCGCCCGGGUCAGCUAGAUUAUUACAUCGCGAGUGUAACCUGGCAUCUUGACUCGCGCCCUGAGGUGGACUGGUCCAAGCCUCGUCCGGAGCUCACGCUGCCGCAAGACUUUGUACAGGUCACCCCUCCACCUACUCCGUGGAUUACCAUUGGAGAGCGUGAUAUGCGUUCAGUAGGUAUACGGCUUGAUACACCUGUGGAGCAAGCUAUAGCUGCAGUGCGCAACCAUCGACGCCGGCGGCUAGGGCUCGCAGUCGAAGCCUGAGUCGCGGGCCUCAUGGCAUUGGCAGAUCCUCGUUAAAGGCGUUCCAAAAAGAAUGUGCCUUGUUUUGUACACAGAUGGCUUUUCUUGUUCAUCAGCUAUACAAGCUAAAUGUCACUACAUUUGAUGGUUUCAUGAUCUUCACCAGUUUGUUCGGAUCAUAUGCUGUCUUCGUUUUCUGUCUCUGGGCGCGAUUAUUUGUUGCAGUAAUUAGGAUUUCAUGAAUUGUGCUUUCGCUACCCUUUAAACAGAUUCAAAAUACCUCAUGUGAGAUUGCUGCAAGCGCAUAUAUACAUAUCGUUUCACUUUCGACAGUCAUAUAUGGUUAACUCGAGGCCUCUACCAUCUUCUUGAGUCCUUGAUCAAUAGCCUCGGGAGAUCUCCAGUCAGACCAUGUAUGAUCCAAGAUA